AUGCUGGCCAUUCUGCUCACCAACCUGCCCACAUCGUGGCUGGACUUCCUCUUCCCCUUCUGGCCCAGCACACCUUCUUCCGCCCUUGCCCACCGGACAAAAUGCCGGUGCCAACCCGACUUCCGCCAGCAAACCAUCCUCGUCACCGGCGUGGGCAUGACAAAGGGCCUCACCCUUGCCCGAUCCUUCUGGCUGUGUGGGCAUCGCGUAAUAGGCGCCGAUUUCCAUGCAAAUAGGUGUGGCGUAUGGGUUCCAUGGGGAGGUUCCUCCCGGAUUUCCUUCAGUAGGGCCUUUGAUGCUGUGUACAGCUUGGAGAAGCCAGAGUACACCCCGGACAUGAGCGAGCACAAGAGGAGAGCGGUACAGCGACAGUAUGUCGACGACGUAUGCACCAUCAUUCGCACCGAGGACGUUGAUCUGUGGGUGUCGUGCUCAGGCGUUGCAAGCGCGCUGGAGGAUGCCUAUGUGAAAGAGGCACUGGACAGGUUCAAGGUCAACGGGAAGGGAAAACACUGCGCUUCUAUACAAUUCGACAUGGCCGCGACAGCCACACUGCACGAAAAAUCAACCUUCAUCAAGCAUACACAAGAUUUGGGUCUUCUCGUGCCUGAGACGCAUGACGUAUCUUCCCAUGAGGAUGUGCUUGCCAACCUCACCGCUGCUACAGCGGACAACCCGAGGCGGAAGUUCAUACUGAAGCCAGUAGGGAUGGAUGAUGCAAACAGGGGAAAUAUGACACUUCUACCACUUUCAAAGCCAGCCGAGACAGAGGCCUAUGUUCGAAGCCUUCCCGUAUCCAAGGAUCGGCCGUGGAUCUUGCAGCAGUUCAUCCAUGGCAACCGGGAAUAUUGUACACACGCACUUAUAGUCGAUGGUGUCGUCAAGGUCUUUGUCGCGUGUCCGUCCUCCGAGCUGCUGAUGCACUACACGGCAUUAUCAGGCUCCAGUGCGUACAGCAAAUCAAUGUUCGACUUCACCAAGGCUGUCGCAGCGGCCGAGAAGAAGGCAGGCAGGGACUUUACAGGGCACCUGAGUUUCGACUUCAUGGCAGAAACAGACGCAGACGGUUGGACAAGGUUAUACGCGAUCGAAUGCAACCCACGGGCUCACACAGCUGUCGCCUUGUUCGCGACGCCUGGGCUGGAGAUGAGGCGGAUGGUAGAUGCAUACAUCUCAGCUAUUGAUCCAGAUAGGCUUCCUGGGUCUCCUGACGGUGCAAGACAGACUGGGGAUGCUGCUGCUGCUGCCACUGCCGGUGUGGCGAGGCCGCUGGUGGAUGCUAGGUCGAGAUAUUGGAUAGGCCAUGACCUGUGCGUCCUACUCUUAUUGCCCCUCUGGGAUCUCAUCACGUGGAACACCACCGACGGGACGUUUGAGCUCUGGGAUCCUUGGCCAUUCGUUGCGUUGUAUCAUCACUAUUGGCCCAAGGCAAUCUUGUCGGCGUGGUGGAAGGGACAGAGAUGGAGUCGGUUGAACGUGAGUACCACCAAGAUGUUUUAUUGUUGA